GUAUAAAGUUGAGGACAUUUUCACGAAAAUUGUCGAAUUUUUUCGCCUUCUUUUAUAGAUAGCUAUCUUUGCCCCAUUUACUCGUACCAUCGUCCGGAAGUGAUUGAUGAUUCUGCCCUUAAAAACAAUUCAUUGACUUCUCACUAUCAAGUCUCCAUUCCCAAAUCUGCCAGCUCGCCGGAAAACUACAAUGUCCGCCGCCGUCGACAGGUUUUGAAGCUUUUUGCUUAGUCCGCCCAAAUGGGUUGCUGUGUUAGUUCCGGAAAUUCAGCUCACAAAUUCGAUCGCAAUUCUGCGGCGGCAGACGAGAAGAUUUAUGAAAGCAGAGAACCGCCGUCUUCCAUGGAGGAAGAGACCGUGAAAGAAGUGCUCACUGAAACUCCUGCUCUGAAACCACCGCCGCCACCCAAGAAUCACCCGCCGGACGAAGAUGAAGCCCCAAAACCAGUCGCCGAUAAGGUCAAGGAGGAAGAAAACGAGAUCGAGAAGAAAAUUCGAGUAAUUCCCACUAAUUGUGUUGCAGAACACGCUUGUGAAUUCUCUGAAAUUUCCAGUCCGAGCGAGUGUCUCUCCGCAGCCACUUUCACCGA